AUGCCAAAGAAAAGUGAUGCAGCAAAAUUAGCAGAAGUGAGUGUAGAGAUUGAUGGAGAAGAGAGUGCUGAGGAAGACAAGAAAGGAAAAAACAAAGGCAAAAAAAAUAAAGCAGCUGUAGGCAAACAGAGUAAAGCAGCCACCAGCGAGGAUGGUGGGGACGAGGAUGAGGACAAAGAGGCCGAGGCCACUAGAGGUCGCAAGGCAGCCAAUAGAAAGAAACCAGCUUUGAGGGUGGACUCGGAGGACGACAGCGAUUAUGACAUUCCUCCAAAGAGGUGUGCAGGGAAUCGAAAGCGGGGAAAGCCAGGGGCAGGCAAAGACAAGAGAGAUAAAAAUGCCAAGAAGAAGAAGAAGAAGAAAAAGAGCAGUAGUGAGGACUCAAAGUCAGAGGGGGGGGAGGAGGAGGAGGAGGAGGAGUCCAUGUCAGAGGGGGAGAGGGCGCGGCUCAUGGAAGAGGUGGAGGAAAAGAAGAAACUGAUCGCUAACAUAAAGAGCAAGCCAUGGAAGAUGAAGAAGAGGCUCAAACACCUCAAGGAAGCUCAGGUGUUUGUGGAUAAAUUUGAAGGUGCUUUGGGCAAAGGGAAGGGCAAGAAACUGUUUGCCUUCAAAGUCAUGAUGAUGAAGAAAUGGAUCAAGUUUCAGAGAGAUUUUGAAAAUUUCAAGACAGCCUGCAUACCCUGGGAACGGAAAAUAAAAGAAGUUGAAAGUCACUUUGGUUCUUCAGUUGCCUCGUACUUCAUCUUCCUCCGCUGGAUGUAUGGCAUGAACCUCGUUCUCUUCAGUUUGACCUUUGGCCUGAUUGUGAUCCCUGAGCUUCUCAUGGGCCUCCCUUAUGGUUCUAUUCCUCGGAAAACAGUCCCACGAGAGGAACAGGACAACGCAAUGGACUACGCAGUUCUCACAGAUUUUAACGGUUACUGCAAGUACUCUGUGUUAUUUUAUGGCUACUAUAAUAACCAGAGAACCAUUGGCUUCCUGAAGUUCCGCCAACCUCUGUCCUACCUCCUGGUGGGCGUUGGGAUCUUCGGGUAUAGCCUGAUGGUUGUGAUCCGAACGAUGGCUAAAAACGCAGAUGUAGGGGGUGGGGAUAGCGAGGACAACGAGUUCACCUUUGCCUGGAAGAUGUUCACAAGCUGGGACUACCUCAUCGGCAACGCAGAGACAGCCGACAACAAGUUCGCCUCCAUCACCACAAGCUUUAAGGAGUCCAUCGUGGAUGAACAGGAGAACCAAAAGGAUGAGAACAUCCACCUCAGGAGGUUCCUGCGUGUACUGGCCAACUUCCUCAUUACCUGCAUCCUGGGAGGCAGCGGAUAUCUCAUCUACUUUGUGGUCAAACGCUCACAAGACUUUGCUGGCAGGGAUGACCUGAGCUGGUAUGAGAAAAACGAGUUGGAGAUCAUAAUGUCACUACUUGGACUGGUGGGCCCUAUGCUGUUUGAGACUAUCGCCGAGCUGGAGGAAUACCACCCCCGCAUCGCCCUCAAGUGGCAACUCGGACGCAUCUUCGCUCUUUUCUUGGGUAACCUGUAUACCUUCCUGCUGGCUCUGUUCGAUGAGGUCAAUCAAAAGCUGGUGGAGGAACAAUCCAUAAAAAAUGCCAGCGUGUGGUUCAUGAAGGAAUAUUAUGCCAACUACAGUGCCAAUAACCCGAACGGGACAGGCACACCGCCCCCUCUUGACCCUGCUGAUGUGAUCCGUGGCCCAUGCUGGGAGACAACAGUGGGGAUAGAAUUUGUAAAACUGACAGUCUCAGAUAUCGAAGUGACGUAUCUGACGAUCCUCAUCGGGGACUUUGCGAGGGCUCUGAUUGUGCGAUUCCUUAACUACUGCUGGUGUUGGGACCUGGAGGCAGGCUGGCCUUCCUAUGCUGAGUUUGACAUCAGUGGUAAUGUCCUCGGAUUGGUCUUCAAUCAAGGGAUGAUUUGGAUGGGAGCGUUCUACGCUCCUGGUCUGGUCGGCAUCAACGUGCUCCGUCUCCUGACCUCGAUGUACUACCAGUGCUGGGCUGUCAUGGCCUCCAACGUGCCUCAUGAGCGAGUCUUCAAGGCCUCAAAAUCCAACAACUUCUACAUGGGUCUCCUUCUUCUCAUCCUCUUCCUCAGCCUACUGCCUGUCGUCUACACCAUCAUGUCCCUGCCGCCGUCCUUUGACUGUGGGCCCUUUAGUGGCAAAGAGCGCAUGAUUGACGUAAUCACAGAGACAAUAGAACUGGAUCUGCCUUCAUUCAUGGGGAAGCUGUUAAGUUACGCGGCCAACCCCGGCCUCAUCAUCCCUGCUGUUUUGCUCAUGGUUCUGGCAAUUUAUUAUCUCAACGCAGUCUCUGAGGCCUAUAAGAACGCCAACAACGAGCUGAAAAAGAAAAUGCAGAUGGCAAGAGAUGAAGAAAAGAACAAGAGGAAUAACAAAGACAGCACCAAUCAAGUGAUGAAAGAUUUAGAGGAUUUACUCCCCAAGCGCCCGAAUGCGCCGGAUUCAGAUGAACAAGCAGAGAAACCUGGUGGAGGAAAACCAUCAAAAGUAAAACCAGGAUCAGCGGCGAAUGGUGUGAACCUGCAGAAAGACAUAUCUCUGGCAUCAGCCAAUCCAAAUGCCCGAGGUCCUGUGAACCGAGCACCAGGCCCUAGGACGGCUGGGCCUCUGCCUGGGCAUCCGGGGCCAGUUCCAGGGUCAGGAAAUCGCAAAGGACAAUAGCACUAGACACUAACACCAGCCACUAGCACUCGGCUCAGUAUCCGACUGCCUCCUAAA